GCCAUGACGGGACGCGGCAGUCCGAGCCGCUUCCUGGCCGCUGUCCUCCACAACGGCCUGGGUCGGUACGUGCCGCAGCUGCAGCGCCUCAGCUUCAGCCUCAGCCGCGACGCCCCGUCGUCGCGCGGCGCCAGGGAGUUCGUGGAACGGGAGGUGACUGACUUCGCCCGACGGAACCCAGGGGUCGUCAUAUACGUGAACACGCGGCCUUGCUCCGUGCCCAGAAUAGUGGCCGAAUACCUUAACGGGGCUGUGCGCGAGGAAAGCAUCGGCUGCAAGUCCGCGGAGGAGAUCACGACGCUGGUGCAGAAGCUGGCCGACCAGUCUGGUUUGGAAGUGAUCCGCAUCCGCAAGCCCUUCCACACGAACAACCCCAGCAUCCAGGGCCAGUGGCACCCCUUCACUAACAAACCCACGACCUUCCGCGGGCUGCGGCCGCGAGAACGCCAGGAUCCUGAGCAACAAGUGCCGUGAAGAGUUAGCUGCCUCGGCAACUGCAGCCCCAGGCCUUGUGCUCUUGCUACAGUCGAGUUGGUUCCUCCUCUCUGGGAUUUCAAGCUCAGGCAAAUACGCGGAGCCUGCCAGUGGGGGCUUGGCCUGGGAUAUAAAGAAUUGCUUUCUAUCCAGUACCCACUACAAGGGAUAGUGACCUUGUGAGUCCCCUAAUUCUAGUUCAGUUGACCUCCCCAAAAUCCGAGAUGAGGAAGCAUCCAGGUGUUGUUUAGGGUUCUUGUUUUCUGAAAUCCAAACUGGUCAUCUCAAAACAGUGAGGUGUGUCAGUGCUAGCUUCUGACAAAUCCACGGUGUCCCGUUUCCACAACCAUUGCACUAGAGAGUUCUUCCAUGUGGCCUGGCAUUGGGCAAGGCUGUUUAUAUCUAUGGACGUGUAUACAUUUUAAGAAAAUGAAGUAAUUAAACAAUCUAAAGUCAUACAGUCUUACUUCAAAAUGUGUGCAUAAUUUUAAGCUUAAGCCCCCUUUUCCUUUUCCUAACACCAGAAGCAAAACAGUCUUUCAAUGUGGUUAGUGUCAAAGGCAAUGUGACUAAUAAAUGUAGAUCUGAUUUGGAGAGAA